AUGGAGGAAGUCAAACUUACAAAGGCGCGAGGAGUCCUCGCCCUCGUGGGGGACAAGGUGGAUGCCGCUGCUGCCCAAACUCUUCAACACACGUCCAUUGCCGCGCUUGGACUUCGCCUGCCUUCGUUCGACCCCUCCAAGGCGUACCAUGUUACUUUAUUGACCAAGGAAGAGCUGAAGCUCGUAGCACCCGAAAACCUUGCCUCAAUCAAACCUGAUACUCGACAUGUUCACUUUGUUGGACUCGGAGGGAACAAGAGCAGUGAAGUAUUCUUCGUGGUCGUCAUUUGGGCGGCUGGACAGCAGAUCCGGAAGCAACUUGGUCUGCCACCAAAGGACUUCCAUGUCACGCUUUCCGACAGGGACGACCACAGCAUGGAUAAAAGCCUACAUUCACUCCUUCCUGGACAAUUUCCUACUUCCCCAUCACCAGAACUUCUCGAUCACCUCGCCUUUACCUUCCACGCCAAAGGACAGUUUCAUGAAGCACAGGAGUACAGCACCAAACAUGUGGUCUCCCACCCAGAAUCUCAUCGAGGUUACCUUCGUCUCGCUGAUGCAGCAAUCAACAAUGAGCAGUUCAAACUUGCUAUGCUGUCGUAUGCGGCGGCGUACGACCGUACGGAAGACCACAAGCCUCGAACAUAUUGCGUCAAAAGGCUCGUCCAGUGCGCUCAGGAAACCGAAUGGGGAUGUGUUUUUCAAGAACAGGAAAUCGCCCAAAUCCCAGUUUCAGCGGCACAUCUCUUAAUCACUCCAUGGUCAAGCGACUUGCGAAGCGCCCUCGCCGAAAGCAACAUCACUCCAACGCUCUGCUUACAACCACGCGACUCCCUCUACAUCCCGAAACGCCUGGAACCAGGGAAAUUUGACAUCUCGCAACUCUACAAACUGCCUCGAUUCUUCAGGUGGUUGAUUCCUUUCCGCUUCGCCAUCAUGUCCACCCCUCGUCGCGAAGAAGAUAUCGUCGCCCUCGCAUCUUCCGCCCUGGGCAUCCGCCAUGUUUUGACCCUGACGGAAGAACAGCCUUUGGAAAAGGAUUGGUUUGACGGCCGGUCGAUUAUCAAUACAUUCCUUCCGAUUCCAAACUACCAUCCCCCGUCGAUCGAGCAGAUGGACAUUGUUAUGCGGAUGUUCCUGGAUGAGGAUAAGCUACCGUUGCUGGUACAUUGUGGCGGAGGGAAGGGUCGUGCAGGGACGGUUGCGGCUUGCUACAUGGUCGCUUGCGGGUUCAAGGCCCCUUCAUACGACCAAACGCAACCAGAAAUGUCAGCUGCAGAUGCGAUGACCGCUUUGCGGUCACUGAGACCUGGAAGCAUAGAAACGUCGCACCAAGAAGCAUUCAUUUCGAAAUGGUGCAGCACAUUGUGGAAGCGACAGUGUAUUUUUCCGGACCUACCCACCGAGCCUCCUCCCUGUCCGCUGGUGGUUGAGGGGUCGUUCCAUGCGAAGGAGGAUUUCGACCUCGUCAUGCUGGUGGGAUUGCCAGGUUCGGGGAAAACAUGGGUUUCGAAAAGCCUGGUGGCUCGCAAUCCGAAUGGUUGGCAGCGCAUAUCCCAAGACGACAGUGGCAGUCGUUCAUUCUGCGAAACGGAGAUUGGGAGGAAACCGAAAGGAAGGGUUCUAUUGGAUCGCUGUAACAUGUCUGCGGCAGAUCGCAAGGCGUGGCUUGACCUAGCUUCGAACUGGUGUACCAAUCCAGUCUGUGUUUGGUUCGACUACGAUCGCGAGCUGUGCCUUGCUCGAGCUCAACUUCGCGCUGAUCAUCCUACGUUACCCCCCGGUAACCGGGUUCGGAAUGCAGUCGACCAGAUGUCCAAGAUAUUCGAGCGGCCAACGGUAGAGGAGGGGUUUAAGGCUGUCUUGAUCGUACGCUCGUUCACUGCCGCCCGAGAAUUGGUGGGGUUGUUCUCACCUCCGCCUGGAAUCUACAAGUUUCCUCGUACACCUCACCUUAUCAACCUCGGAGCGGCGACAGAAGAUGACAUCCAACUGGACUUGGCCAAUCUCAACAUACCGGGGCACGUCGUUAUCACCGAAAAGGUGGAUGGUGCUAACAUGGGGUUCUCCCUCUCCCAUGACAAGCAAAUCAUCGUGCAGAACCGUUCUCACUAUGUCAACUCGGCGACGCACGCACAGUUUCGCAGGCUCGGUGCAUGGAUCGAACGGCAUCGCGACGAAUUGACCAAACUCUUGGAUCGGGAUCCGUACUUCCCCGAGCGAUACAUCUUGUUCGGGGAGUGGGUCUACGCCACGCAUUCGAUUCCCUAUUCGCGUCUUCCGGACUAUUUUAUCGCUUUCGACUUUUACGACAGGACGACUGGUACCUUUGCUAGCCCGGAGGUUUUGAAAACUAUGUUGGCUUCAACGACGAUUCGUUCCGUUCCUAUUCUUCACGAGGGCGCGAUGCCGACGGAUGGGGAGUUGCGGGAGAUGGUGCAACGACCGUCCUCGUUCUAUGAGGGUCGGAUAGAGGGGGUAUACGUCAAGGUGGAACGAGGCUCUCAGGUGGUAUUUCGAGGGAAGGUUGUCAGGAAGGACUUCAUUUCUGGGAAUGAACAUUGGACGCGGGGUCCAUUGCAAGUAAAUUCCUUGAGCACGGAAAUCCCGUAG